AUGGUGGAUGAACGCCGCAAGCGUCCUCGUGAUGAAGGUUCGUUUGGUUUCGCAUGGCCUUCGGGUUCCUCGUCCGUUUUUUUAACUUACCUUGCAGAUUCCGAUGAGGAGGACCCCCUGUCCAAGAACGACCCUGACAGGGAAGUCGGAGAGGACCUGGAGCCUAAGCGCCCUCGUUCCACACGCCGUUGCGCACAGAACCGGAAGCCUAUAACCGAGGAACCCACGGACUCUGAAGAGGAAGAAGAGCCGCAACUUCCAGAAGAAGAAGAGGUCGAAGACGAGGAGGAGGAGGAGGAAGAAGAAGAGGAAUACAACUCCGACGAAUCUCAAGAGGAGGAAGAGGAGGCGGGCGACGAAGAGGUGAUGUCAGUGAGAGGUAAAGGUUGCUGCUGCCAUGGAGGCCACGGUACGAAUGCCGGGCCAGUGCCCGCGGCAGGUCGACCUGUUAGCGACUCUUCUGAGAACUCGCAGGUUGUCUGUACUCCCUGUUACCGCUGUGCUGAUUCUCCGGCGACCGUGCUGACAAGAAAGGCAAGCUGUGUGGACUGCUUCUUGGAGGUAUUACGCCGCAAAUUUGCCUCGAACUUGCGCUCUCACUGCAUUCGUCAUGGCGAGGGUACGCGACCGAUUGCUGUAGUCAUGGACGGCGGCAAGUUCUCUACGGCACUCCUACAUUUGUUACUCGAUCGCAAUAAGCGUAGGUAUGUACGGGCAUCGCACGUGGCUGCCGACAGUGACACCUCGGGCCACAUGUUUUCGUCCGAUGACGUGGCUAUUUCUUCUGUACUCUCACUUGACGACUAUGUGGGUGCCACCGGAAGCUUUGCCGAUCGUUCAGAGGACUUUUGCCAACACGUAACUGCGGUUGUCAAUGCGCUGGGCAAUUCCAACGUCGUACACCACCGGGUUUACUCCUGCGACCAUCUGAACGAGGCUGUCUUACUGGGCGGCGUGAGGAUAUCUUACAUAGCAAUUUGCUACUUCCUCCACAAAGAGAGAGAUGCAUGUGAUAAUCGAUGCACAACGCUUAAGGGCUAUUUGACACGAAUGUACGAUUCACUGUGCUGCGACGAACUGGUGUAUGCAUUGGAUUUACUGCGAACGCUCAACGUGGGAAGUUAUCUGAAAGCACAUGGUAUGAACGGUGUUGCAGUGACUGUUUGCGAUACACAGGAACUGAUUGCACGUAGGGUGCUGAUGUUGACUUGCGUGGGUGCCGGCGACCGGGUUGCUUUCCGUAGCGCUUUUGUGGACAACCACACCUUCGGCGCAGACAGCCCGGUGUUGCGGCUGCUGAAAUCGUUUUCAUCCAAAGAACUGGCGCUGUACCAUCGACUCACUGGGUUACCUGAAAUGCCAUCGCUGGAUCUCUUUUGGUACGGGAGCGCACAGUCUACUAUACUGGGGUGCGUGAACGAGUUGGUUUCAUCAGUGGCUUCUGCGCAUAGCAGCACUCUCCACAAUGUAUGUAAUGUCGUGGAAAAGCUUACAACAGCGUUUCCCGGUAGAGUCACAGAUUGCCGAGUCUGUGGAGGAGCCGUGUACGCGUCGGACGCAGAGGCGCCUGUUUCCGCUCAACAUAUCGGCACAUUAAGCGUUAAGGUGACCAUCUGCCGUGCUUGCUCAUUUUUUUGCGAGCGCAGCAGCGACUUUGCAAGAUUGACUGCAGAUGUGCUCGCUUCGGUCUAUCUGUUCGCCGAGAUGGUUGUCACCGGUUGGCGGCAAGGCUGGAGCGAGGAGCUGCGCAGUGCCACCCAUGCAUCGCUGUUGACGCUGUGCGACUCUGACUACGAAAGUUUUGUGGACAUACUGGCCUUUUGGGAGGUGUUUCGUCUACUUCUGAAGGCCGACGCUUUCAUGAGUAGCUGUGUGAAGGCAUUUGCUGGCGCCCGGGCCUGCGGCACCCGGGCCGACGCGGAGUUUGAUGCAUUGCUUGAAAAGGGUGUUGCCAAAGGUAAGGCGCUCUUCAAGGAUAUAUAUCUGGUUUCGCAACUUCUGAAUCACUACGUCAAUCCCCAUCAGCGUAUGAUAACUAGCAAUCCGACCACAGCUGAGUCCGCAAAUUGCACAGUCGCGCAUCCCAAUGUGUUCGGCGAAUGUGCUAAAGAAUGUGUUUUGGAUUCGCAGUAUACCGGCGAUGCCAAGAAACACGCGUUAUUAUCUGAUGUACCGCGAUGCGGUCAACACGGAAAUGCGGUUUGUUUGCGUGGCGAGGGAGACGAAGGCUGCAUUAUCCUCGAUAGAACUGUAGCUACCAAGCUUCAAUCAUUGAAAGGUAUAUCUAGCCUUGAUAAUUGGAACAAAUUUGCUACACUUCUAGGCUGUGUCGGCGGUUUGCCGAGGCAGCGCACCUUGCCGCUAUACAACAAGGUUCCGUUUCUUUCCCUUGGCAACUUCGUGGUGUUUUACCGCAUCAACGAAGGUUCGUUUGGCAAGGUACAUGUAGGCUUCCACAAGUUGCAUCGCCGGACGUACGCGCUAAAGGUGAUUAGCAAGUCACAGUUCAACUACGACUCUUCCUUGUUCUCUCGUCUGAAGGACGAGAUCAGUCUUGUGACUACACUUGUGCAUCCAAAUGUCGUGCGCACGUUCGAGAUUUUGGAGACGGCCUCUACUUUGGUGAUAGCUAUGGAAUACUGUGACGGCGGGGACAUGAUAGGUUUGAUAAAGGAAUACUCUCCGAUGCCCGAACCUAUGGCUAGAACGAUUUUCCACAUGGUGGUGAAUGGUCUGAGUUAUCUGCACUCUUCAAACAUAUGCCAUCGCGAUAUCAAGCCGGAAAACAUUUUCCUGAAACGUGUGGUCCGUAAGCCUAGCGGAAGCGUUCCUUCCACUACUACGGAACACAGCUCCAUACAAUACGGUAUGAUGCCCUACACUUUUAAAAUUGGUGACUUUGGCGCGGCUACACGCAUCACUGAGGAACGACCACUAUUAGAGACUGUGGGUACCAUGAGCUACGCCGCACCAGAGGUAUUAGGCUGCGGUGGCGUGGCAGGCUACUGUGGUAAGAGUGCCGACAUAUGGUCACUCGGUGUGCUGUUGUACGCGAUGUUGUUCGCAGAACUUCCUUGGCACAACGAGGAUGUGAAACUACGUGACGCAGUAAAACACAUUUUGAGCAAGCCGAUCACAUUCCCCUUGGAGACCAGCGAGUCCUCACGCAACCUUCUGAAGUCAUUGCUCCAUAUCGAUCCGUCUAAACGCCCCAAGGUGGACGAGGUAUUGUUACACCCGUGGCUAGCCGAGGAAGUUGACGAUCACCUAGUUGUGAAAAAGAUCCGUCCGACAAUUUCGAAGCCAUCAUGA